AUGGCAAAAAAUGGUAUACAUAGCGAUCAAGUUCCUCCGGGGACCCGUGGUCUCACCAUAAGGCUGUUACAGUCUCCCCAGCAUACCUGUAUGAAGGCCCGCAAAGGUCCGUCCUACAUUCUCGGACUCGCCAGUGCGUUAUGCUUUACCACCAACUCGGCCAGAAGGCCGGUUGGACACAUUGUGUUGAAGACCGAAGCGCAAGAGAGUAUUUCAAGUGGAAGGUGA